CUUGGCUUUUGGUUUGGCAUUGUCAAUUUUUUUUAUUACUCUCAUUCGUUUUCUCCCGUCUCCCACCUCGCUCGCCAGCCAGCCAACAUCGACGCUCACGAGUCACUUGCAACGGCAACCGAUAAGAAAGACAUACAACACAGGCCUCAGGAAUUAUGGUCAACGAGCUAGACGGCGGAGGCCCUUUUGGCCCCGUCGUUAACGGGACACAAAUUGUCUUUUACCACUACCGGCCGAACGGAGAAGCAGGAUGGGCAUUCCUUGUUCUUUUUGCCAUUGGUGUCUUGGGCCAUAUUGGGUAUAUGUUCUGGCUUCGGUCGUGGCAUUUCAUUCCUUUUAUUCUCGGGGGCAUCGGAGAGGCAUUCGGCUAUUAUGGACGCGCGAAAGCACAUGAAACUCCGGCCGUAGCCGGGCCGUUUAUCCUUCAGAACCUGCUGAUUCUUGGAUCCCCGCCCCUGUUCGCCGCGACGAUCUACAUGAGUCUCGGUCGUAUCAUCAUAGCCCUCGACCUCCGACGACACACUAUGAUAAGUCCCCGCCUGACGGCCUUCUUCUACGUCGUCGUCGAUAUCGGCUGCUUCGUGACACAAGUCUUCGGAGCCGUGAUGCCCGCCUCGGGCGACCCAGAUGGCAUUAAGAUGGCCAAAACACUCAUCAUGUCUGGCCUGAUCGCCCAGCUUGCGGUUAUAACCCUCUUCACACUCUCGUGUUGGCACUCCCAUCGAUGCGCUCAACGAGAAGCGAGCGAGCUCAACGCGACGCGCGCAGGCAUCCAGUGGAGGAAGUACUAUCUGAUGACGUACGCGGUCGCCUCUUUGAUGUUCGUCAGAAGUUUGGUAAGGGGUAUUGAGUAUCUCCAAGGCGAGGACGGGUUCAUCAUGAGGCACGAGAUUUUCCUCUAUCUCUUUGACGCCGUUCCCAUGGUUGCAAUCAUGUCGUUGUAUCUCUGGAUCCAUCCAGGAAGACUGGUCCGCGACGUAAGCCGUAUCAAGGCGUACACAUGGCCUGACGAGUCAAACAUAAUGCUGGAGAGGCGUUAGAUGUUGAAAAUAAUCAUCAUAGUAGUUUUGUUUUUCUUUUUCUUUUGUUAGUUAGAUCCGAGUUCAACCUUGC